UUUCAAUAAAAUCAAUUAUAAUCUACUUUCAUCAUAUAGUCUGCCUAUCUCAAUGUGACAUAAGUUUUGUCUAACAGUGAAUAUCUACUGGAUAUAAAGUUUGAACACAAUUAUUUUUUGAAAAUCUCACAUAUUUUUCUGCCAUCUAUGAGGUAUAAACUAUUUUUCUCGUGUGUGACUGUGAGAUUUGACAGCCCUCAAUUAGAUUAAAAUAGUAGUCGUAGAGUUUAUAAUUAUAAAUUUCAUUAACCAAAGAAAAAUUAUUAAAAAAAUGUAAUAAGUUGAAAGGGACUAUUAAAUUACUUCACUCAAGACGUUUGACUUUUCCGAAUAAAAAUUUAAUCAUUAAAAUGCUGGUGUGGUGAAGACCAGAACAUCAAAUAAAAAGAAGAGAUAGAAACAAACAACAUUCAAAUAACAGUUGAGAAAUUUUGUUUCCCGGAAAGCAUCAAUGCAAAAAAGUGGAUGAGAGGAUAUGUUGUAAUGGUCGUGGUUUAAAGUGGUUAAUAUAUUCUAUUUCAUUAUUUAUAUAUUAUUAUAUUUUCUCAGUUGUGGAAAUUUUGGAUACUAAUCAUGGAAGAAAAGGAUUAUACUGAAGAACUUGCAAAAAUUAACAGUAGAAUUCAAGAAUACCGUGCAGCUCAGAAACGCAUUUCAGAUAUAUUAAGUACUUUAGUUGCACAAAAGGAGCGGUUAGAAUUGAAUUACAAUCUGACUAGGGAAGUAAACACCUGGAAAGAUGGUGUUUUUGAGUGGUCGAAUAAAAUACUUGACAUUUUGAAAGAAGUUUUCAAUUUUGAGAAUUUUCGGUUAAAACAGUUGACAGCUAUUAAUGCCACAUUAUCAAAACAGGAUGUAUUGCUAUUAAUGCCUACUGGGGGAGGUAAAAGCCUAGUUUACCAGUUACCUGCUUUAGUUGAUGGAGGUUUGACAGUAGUUAUUUCCCCUUUAAUUGCUCUGAUAGAAGAUCAGCUGAUAUCUUUGAAAAAAAUGGACAUUGAGGCAGCUACGAUUAAUGCUAGCACAGCAAGACGUGAAAAGAAGGUAAUACAGGAUUUGAUGGUUACAAAAAAUUCUAAGCUUCGAAUACUGUUUGUUACCCCAGAAUGGGUAGCAAAAAGCAAAAUGUUCAUGUCCUGUCUUAAAAAGUGUUAUGAGAAGAAAUCACUUGUUAGAAUUGUUAUAGAUGAAGUACAUUGUUGCUCCACAUGGGGACAUGAUUUUCGACCAGACUAUCAACAUUUGGGAUUAUUUAAACAAAUGUUUCCUGAAGUUCCUAUACUAGGUUUAACAGCAACUGCUACAAUGGAGAUAUUAGCUGAUAUUAAGAAAACUCUUAAUCUCAAGUCUCAUGUGGUUUUAACCUCUCCGUUUAAUAGACCAAAUCUGUUUUAUAAGGUGGUAUUUAAACCUGAAAAAAACGAGUGUGUAAAGAUGAUUGCAAAUUGGAUGAAGAACAGAUAUAAAGACAUGUCUGGAAUUAUUUAUACUUCCACAAUCAAAGAAUCUGAAGAACUUAGCAUUGCAUUAAAAGACCAAAAUUUACGAGUAAAAUAUUACCAUGCUCAACUUGAUCCUGAGCAUAAAACUAUAAUUCAUAAACGAUGGCUGGAGAAUAAAUAUCAAGCAGUAGUUGCUACUACUGCUUUUGGAAUGGGAAUUGAUAAACCAGAUGUGAGAUUUGUUAUUCAUUAUUCACUACCCAAGAGUUUAGAAGGACUCUAUCAGGAAAGUGGAAGAGCAGGAAGAGAUGGUGAAAAGUCAGAUUGUAUUCUUAUGUUUGGGUUAACUGACUUUUUAAAACAUCACAGCAACGCAAAUAGACCUGCAGAGGAACAACAAGCUCAAGAUAUUCUAGCAUAUUGUCUCGAGAAAAAUAGUUGUAGAAGAAAAAUUGUUAUGGAACAUUUCAGAGAUACCUAUAAACCUUCCGACUGUGAUAGUAUGUGUGAUAAUUGUAAAAAUCAAUCUCCGAGGAUUACCUAUGUACUUAAUGGUAUUUUAAAAUAUAUUGUAAAUAUUAUAAAAAACAGUAAUGAAAAAGAAUCUAAAUUAACUCUACUGAAACUAUUGAACACUUGGAACGCUCAUUUUAAAAACAAAAUUUGUUCCAAAGAACAACAAGAGUAUGUAAUUGGUUAUUUUAUCAAGGAAAAUUAUCUCGCUGUAGAAAGAGGAUACUCCAUGUACACAAAUUUAGCAUACAUACAGCUAGGCCCGUGUGUCAAUAACGGAAAGAAAAUAAUCAUCAGACAUCCAGAUCAUUUCAGUUUGCCGGAGAUAAUAACUGUCACUGAUGAUCAACGAGUUCAAGAAUUCAAUGACAAUAGUGACGCCAUAAAUAUUACAUCUGAUUCUGAAAUAGCUGUCUCUAAUGACAGUAACGAACAACACGACAUUUUCCUAGCAAAUGUGAAUCUAAUGUUAGAAAAAGAGUUAGCAACUGAGAAUUCCGUACCUAGGGGCAAAAAACGAAGACAUAAGAAUGAAGAGGCAUCAGAGUCAGAUUAAACCAUCAUUACUUCAAUUAGUUUUCAGUAAAAUAGCAUUUGGUAAAUUAGUUUUUAAUAUAUGCUGAAUUUCACGAUUAUGUUAUUUUGAAAACAUAGUUAUAACUAUUUUGAUAUCAAUAAAUCGCUCACGAGCGUGCAAAGGGAGAGAAGUCAAAAACAAUAGUAUUGAAAUAUAUUGGUUUUUGAAAAGGUCCUAUUUUUAGUUGAGUUUUCUAAAAACAUCGUAUUAAACUAAACCAAUAUAUAUUGAGCAACACAUUUAUUUAGUUGUAAAGCAUAAAACAUUAUAACAAACCAGAAGAAAAACGUGUCGGUUUGAGAAAAAAAAAACAAACAUAACUCAGUAUGCACAAAAAACUCAAUACUCAACUCCUUUUACACUAAUCAUAAAUAAACAACUCGGAAAGCAUAAAAAAUCAACACAUAACUCCUUUCACACUAAUCGCGAGAAGAGACUUCAUCUAAAUGUUGUGAAGUGUCCUGGAUAUUUCUCUCAGUAGUUGUGAAGUAUUUCAUCGACAUACGGCAGGAGUUUGUUCAAAUUCUUUUACUUCUCCUCAGAUAUACAAGUUGGCUAUUUGCAUUUUGGAAGAACUGCGAGAAGAGAAUUUUGACCUCUCCUGCAAAAUAACAUUUUUUCAUAAAUUUCUUUUUCGUUGGGGCUAUUUUUAUAGGAAAACAUACCGAUUGUUUUUUCCAUACAAAUUUUUUACCAUGAUCAUCCACUUUUCUAGCUUGUACACACGUUUUUAGUAGUGAGGAGAAAUCAAUAAAACCAUCCUUUUUCAUUUCCUGCACAUUUGUUUUGCUACAUGAUUUUACCAACUAUUCAAUAAGACUCUCAUAAUGUUUAUUUUUUUCUCAAUAAUUGAGUGAAUAGUUUCACAUUCGUAUAUCUGGGUAUUAAGAAUUUGUGAACCACUAUCUCAAAAUUUGAAUUUUGCAUCAGUCAUUUACAUCGCAACUCUAUGGCUAGUUUUAUUCUGACCACCAUAUGUAUCAGAAUAAAAGGUUACAUAUUUAAUGUUGAGUGAUAAGGUCAAAAGUUCUUUUAUUAAGCAAGAACCGAUCUGAUUUGCACCUCUGCCAGAUAGUGUUUCAUACUACAACAAGUAGUUUUGUUAUUGACGAAAUCAUACAUUGUUAAGUUGUACGGCUCUAGACAUGCCUAGUUUUCCAUUUUCCUUAUCCAGUUUUUUCGCAAAAUUACAUCUUCAGAAUUCGGAAUUGAAGUUAUAUGUUUCUUAACCAGUUCAAUUCUGUCAGUUUCGAUUUUGUUCUUAGGAGGAUGAUGACCCCUCUCAUCAUCCAAUGUUGUGCCUGAGAUGAGAGUUUUUUCUUACAACAGUCUCAAUAAAUUAAUUUGAUAAAUCAAAUAAAACAGCCUUUACAAAUUUCGAUCAAGUUUCCAUUUAGUAUUAAAUUGUCUUGGUUUUGUAGUGUCUGUCUUUUCUGUUUUCUUUUCUUCUCUUAAAAUCAAACCUUCCUGAUCAAAUCUUGAUGCUCACUUCUUCCUGAACCUUCCCAAGUCUUUACAUUUGCGGCUUCGGAUCAAUUUUCCGUUGAAUAUGGACUGCCAUCGUUUCUAUCAAUUCUUCGCUUUUUUCUUUGCAUCUCUUGUGUAUCUCUUUACUGGAUUUCUUCCUUUUUUUUUAAAUUCUGUUCUAUUAUCUGUGACGCGAGGAGAUACUAGAUUUUGUGGUAGUUUUUUUUGUAGGGUAUGUAAAGGUAUAUUCUCAGAGUCUAAAUAGCUUGAGCCAGGUACUUUGUAAUCCUUGUCACCAUGAAAAGCUAUUAGAGAUUCAAAUAUAAUAUCUGUAAUAAGUAUAAAUUUGUUUAAUUUGUAAAAAAAACAUAUAACUAACCUUUAUUAUAUGUACAUUCUUGACUUAGUCGGUUUGUAGAAGUACACGAAUUUUUCGCGCUGUAAAUUGGCUAAAAUUGUUCAAUUGUGAAAUGUACUUUCGGAGAGUUCUAAAUGCAUGGUGCAGAGUUUACAGCUUUAGUUUCAAUUUCUAAACUUUUACAUUCGUUCCCACCCUCGUUCGCACACACAUAAAUUAAUAAGAUUACGAAGUGUAAUAUUUAUAAACACAAACGCUUGCGUUCGAAUUCACGCUGGCAUUCCUGCUUUAUUACGAACCCAUUUUGAUCCACUAACAUAAACCUGAAAACUACUAUAACUUCGUAAUGAAUAAUUAACGGAAUCGAUGCCACGAAUACUGAAAUAUUACUAAACUCAGCUAAGUGUGAAAGACAAUUUUGAAAGUGCGUAUGCGAUCGAUCUCUAAACUGAUUCUGAAUCGGGCCUAUGAACAAAGUUAUUCAGAAUCGAUUCUGAAUCAAUUACUAACUAAUUUAGUAUCGCUGAAAAGCGCAUGCUUGAUUCCGAACUUAAUCAGGAUGUUAGCUUUGACAAUUUAAAACAUACAGUUAAUAUUAAUAAUAGAGAGAACGAUGUAUUUGAGCUUAUUAAGGUGACCUGAAUGGCUAAUAGAGAAAGAAAGAACAUCAGUAAAACACUUUCUAUCUGUCUCUAAUCUAUUCUGAUUGAAUCGAGAUGAAGUCAACAUUUCUAGUAGAGGGAACAACAAAGGAGAAGAAUAAGAUGGUUUGAUUUUAAUGGCCAGUUAAUCCGGCGUUACAGGCGUCUCUACUUUUGUAAUAAGUACACGCGCACGGUGUAAAUGACCGCAUUUAAAUAUUCAUAUAAAAAAACCGAAAAAUAAAAAGUCCUAGGCAUUUUAGAAAUAUAAUAGCAAAGGACAAUAAAAUAUACUUGAAAAUUAUAAAAAAAAGUGAAAAGUAAUUAUCAGGCUUUUCCACUUCUCCUCCUUCUGCGCGCAUGCUAGACACAAUGGAACAGUGUGUUCUCGGCAAAUGGAUUUCUGACAGCUUCUGCAUUGUGUUGAUGUUUUUCUAUUUCUUUUAUAACUACAUAAAUAACACCUUCCAGAAACUGAUGUUUUCGGUGGUGGUUGUGUUUCAGGCACACCCAGAAUUUCAUUUAUUGGGAUUUUUAUUGAUUUUGGUAGUGUUACGAUGUUUUGUCUUUCAUUUUAGCUAUGAAUGGUGGCGGAAUUUCAUUCUUAUUUUUUUUUCAGUGUGGCAACUAACGUCAACUUAUCAAUUUUAUAAAGGUCUAACCCCACAGAGGAGAACCAAUUAUCGCACGUCACAUUUCGGCCUGUACCAGAUAUAGGUCGAAUAAGCCUUUUUACUACUUGAUGUGCGGAAUUGUCGCCUUUGUAUGGAUUGGGUGGCUGAACUCCAACAUAAAGUUCCAUAUUAUAUGUAUAAAAAUAUUCUGAGUCAACUAAUGCCCAAAUUUUUAAUCCAUAUCUCGCCGGUUUUUUCGGCAUAUAUUGGCGGAAGGGACACCUACCGCGAAAAGAAUCGAGCAUUUCAUCAAGAGUCACACAGUCACACAGUCGCUUGGAGAAUACUUUGACAGAUAUCGUUGAACAAAACCAUCAAAAAGAUUUCGCGCGUGAGCAAACUUAUCACUUUGUUUUCUUAUUUCUCUGUCUUCAGUAUUGUCAAAACGCAGAGCUUUUAGUAAAAAUUGCAACCGAUUUAUACCCGUAGUUAGGCGAAAUAUUUCCACACCAGUACCAUCUUGAUUAUACAAAUUUCUGAGAUUUUAAUGUGAUGAUUUUAGCACACCUGCUAUAUAGAGUAAACCAAUGACAGCCUUUAUUUCGCAUUCGUCUAUAUCUGCAGCAUCACGUUUUCUCUGAAAGUGUGGUCUUCUGAUCCGAAUAUAUUGAUUUGUGCAUUGAACAAUCUCUUGAAUUAUCUCAUCUGGAAAAAAAACAUUUCCAAGCUUCUAUUGCCGUCGUUGCUAAUUUUGCUGGUUCAAUUUACGGAUAACACGGAUGGUACUAAAUAAUUUGUGAGUGUUAGUUGAGAUAUCACAAGAUUUCUUUUUCACAUUAGACAUGACUUACAUCAAUUCACAUUAUAUAAAAACUAAGACAAAAGAAAACAUAUUAACUUACCUCUUUUGGCACAAAAGUAACUUUUUAUGCAAUAAGUUGUUUCCGUACUUAACUGAAAAUGCACUUUUUCGGACUUGUCUCCCUUUGCACGCGCAUGAGCGAAAUACUUGGGUUUAAUCAGAAACACCUUACAUUAUUUAACUGAAGCUCAAGCUAUUGUAUACUUUAUUCCCAAAGUAUUUUUGUUCAACAAGCAUAUGGUAACACCGAUCUGUUUUCCAUUUUUUUCAAAUUUUUCUUCGUUCAUAAAUUUUGGAAUAAUUGACGUACUGUUUUUUUUUAUUUAAAAUUUGUUCGUACUUCCAUAAAUUUAUUUAAGUAAUUUCUUGUUGUGAUGUUAGCAUAAUAAAUUAUUUUCUCUAUA